UUAACCCCUUGGAGGCGAGCGCGCAGUGCGUGGGAAAGUUGUCGGCAGUGAAAGUGCCACGUCUUCCAAGCCCCGGGAGAGGCCCUUGUGCCCGAGUCUUGGACGCCCUUCUCAACACCCUGUGAGCUCCGGCCGCGGUCUCGGCUCCGCGGGGCACCUCUGCGCCAGCGACAUGAGGUUUGUCUUGUGGAACGCGGUCUUGACGUUGUUAGCCACGGCCCUGAGCGGGGCUCUGAUCCCCGAGCCAGAAGUGAAAAUCGAAGUCCUGCAGAAACCGUUCAUCUGCCAUCGCAAGACCAAAGGGGGGGACUUGAUGUUGCUGCACUACGAAGGCUACUUGGAGAAGGACGGCUCCUUGUUUCACUCCACUCACAAGCAUAACAAUGGGCAGCCCAUUUGGUUUACUCUGGGCAUCCUGGAGGCUCUCAAGGGCUGGGACCUGGGCCUAAAGGGGAUGUGUGUCGGAGAGAAGAGAAAGCUCAUCAUCCCUCCUGCCCUGGGCUAUGGAAAAGAAGGGAAAGGUAAAAUUCCUCCAGAGAGUACGCUGAUAUUCAACAUCGAUCUCCUAGAGAUUCGAAAUGGACCAAGAUCUCAUGAGUCAUUCCAAGAAAUGGAUCUUAACGAUGACUGGAAGCUCUCUAAAAAUGAGGUUAAAGUGUAUUUAAAGAAGGAGUUUGAAAAGCACGGUGCAGUGGUGAAUGAAAGCCAUCAUGAUGUUUUGGUGGAGGAUAUUUUUGAUAAAGAAGAUGAAGACAGAGAUGGAUUUAUAUCUGCUAGAGAAUUUACAUAUGAACACGAUGAGUUAUAGAGACAUCUGCCCAGAGAAUUUACAUACAAACACAUGACUUAGAGAGCUCUCUGCCCAUUCUCUACAGCAACCAUCUUUAAACAGAGGGUAAUUGCCCUUACAGUUUUAUUUUUAAGUGUUCUGUUCUUGUUUUUUUUUUUUAUAUUUUUAUAUUUUUCUGACUAUUAUUUAAAAAAAACCCUGAAGUUUUCUAAGUAUGUAUUUCUUUCUGUUAAGUUAUUGGGAAAAAACAAUUUAUCUUUGAAUAGAAGACUUCUGGACCAUUCUCUGCUUUUCACACGUGAAGCCUUGUUUUACUUGCUUACUUAUUAAUUUAAAAACACUGUAAUGGAGGAGGGGGCUGGUGCUGUAGGGCAGAGGGUUAAGCCUCUGCUUGGAAUGCCUACAUCCCACAUAUGUGUUCUUGCUUUGCUACUCCAUAUGUGAUCCAGCAUCCUAUAAAUACAACUAGGAUGCAGCAGAUGAUGGCCCAAGUGCUUGGGUUCCUGCCACCCAUGUGGGAGAUCAGGACAGAGUUCCUGACUCCUGGCUUUAGCCUGGUCCAGCCCUGGCUGUUGUGGGCAUUUGGGUAGUAAACCAGCAGGUGACAAAUCUCUCUCUCCUGCACACUUUGUCUCCAUCACUCUGCUCUUCAAAUACAAUAAAUCUUUUUAUUUAAAACAAAUAAACUUGAAACUGGGAGCAUACUGCAAUGUGAGACCAGGUUAUAGUACAAAUCAGCACCUUAUGUUUCUGCUUUCCUCUAUUUUUAUCCAAGUUAAAUACCGAGAUACUUUAAAAGCCUUUUUGCAAGAGGCCAAGACUUGUGGUUUUCAUGUUUUAAUGAAGUGAUUUUUAACUGCCUUUGAGAAAAGUGGUUGUUGGGCUUUACUUUUUAGCAGUUACUGCUUUACUAAGGAGUUGCACAAUGCUGAAGCAAGGAGCAAAGUUAAUAUGUUAUAAAUAGUUAUAAAUACGUGUGCGUUGAAACAGUCAGCCUGAGACUGAAGCUACAUGAAGUUUGACUCAUAGAAACCAAUGGAUUCUUAAAUAGGACAGGUUAUUUACAUACCUGUUUCUUUGUAAUAAAAUCUAUCAAAAUAUUGUAGCAGACUUAAUUCUAUUUAUACUCAUUGUUUACUUUUUUUAAUGCUAACAGACUAACCUAACAUUGUUCUUUAAUGAAUUAAGUCUACAACUAGCUGAUUGUAUUACAAUAACCUUGUAUCAUAUGUGAAAUCAGUGAGCCAACCCAACAUUUCCCAUUACUGCCUCAUCCAAAAAUGAGGCAGACCUACAGCAGCUACUGUUGAAGAGACACCUAUCCCAAGUCAAAAAGUUUAUUUGAGUGCUGGUUUGAGUCCAAGUUGCUCCACUUCUGAUCCAGUUCCCUGCUAUUGUGCCUGGGAAAGCAGCAGAAGAUGGCCUGAGUAACUGGGUCCCUGCCACCCAUGUGGAGACCAGGAUGGAGUUCCUAGCUCCUAACUUUGGCCUGGAGCUACCCCAGUCAUUGCGGUCAUUUGGGGAGUAAACCAGCAGAAUGAAGAUGUUAUUUCUGUCACUCCCCCUCUCUGUCAUUACCCAUUUCAAAUAAAUAAAACCUUUAAAUAUGUAUAUAAUUUU